CGGUUAUAAGAUGGCGGCGCUGAGCGGCGGCGGCGGCGGCAGCGGCGCGGAGCAGGGCCAGGCUCUGUUCAACGGGGAUAUGGAGCCCGAGGCCGGCGCCGGCGCCGCGGCCUCUUCGGCUGCGGACCCUGCCAUUCCCGAGGAGGUGUGGAAUAUCAAACAAAUGAUUAAGUUGACACAGGAACAUAUAGAAGCCCUAUUGGACAAAUUUGGUGGGGAGCAUAAUCCACCAUCAAUAUAUCUGGAGGCCUAUGAAGAAUACACCAGCAAGCUAGAUGCCCUCCAACAGCGAGAACAACAGUUAUUGGAAUCCCUGGGGAAUGGAACUGAUUUUUCUGUUUCUAGCUCUGCAUCAACAGACACCGUUACAUCUUCUUCCUCCUCUAGCCUUUCAGUGCUACCUUCAUCUCUUUCAGUUUUUCAAAAUCCCACAGAUGUAUCACGGAGCAAUCCAAAGUCACCACAAAAACCUAUCGUUAGAGUCUUCCUGCCCAAUAAACAGAGGACAGUGGUACCUGCAAGAUGUGGAGUUACAGUCCGAGACAGUCUAAAGAAAGCUCUGAUGAUGAGAGGUCUAAUCCCAGAGUGCUGUGCUGUUUACAGAAUUCAGGAUGGAGAGAAGAAACCGAUUGGCUGGGACACUGAUAUUUCCUGGCUCACUGGAGAGGAACUACAUGUAGAAGUGUUGGAAAAUGUCCCGCUUACCACACACAACUUUGUACGGAAAACUUUUUUCACCUUAGCAUUUUGUGACUUUUGUCGAAAGCUGCUUUUCCAGGGUUUUCGCUGUCAAACAUGUGGUUAUAAAUUUCACCAGCGUUGUAGUACAGAGGUCCCACUGAUGUGUGUUAAUUAUGACCAACUUGAUUUGCUGUUUGUCUCCAAGUUCUUUGAACACCACCCAAUACCACAGGAGGAGGCCUCCAUAGCAGAGACUGCCCUUUCGUCCGGAUCAUCCCCUUCUGCUCCCCCCUCCGAUUCUACUGGGCCCCAAAUCCUCACCAGUCCGUCUCCUUCAAAAUCCAUUCCAAUUCCACAGCCUUUCCGACCAGCAGAUGAAGAUCAUCGAAAUCAAUUUGGACAACGAGACCGGUCCUCAUCAGCUCCAAAUGUGCAUAUAAACACAAUAGAACCUGUCAAUAUUGAUGACUUGAUUAGAGACCAAGGGUUUCGUAGUGACGGAGGAUCAACCACUGGUUUGUCUGCCACCCCCCCUGCCUCAUUGCCUGGCUCACUCACUAAUGUGAAAGCAUUACAGAAAUCUCCAGGACCUCAGCGGGAAAGGAAAUCAUCUUCAUCCUCAGAAGAUAGGAAUCGAAUGAAAACACUUGGUAGACGGGAUUCAAGUGAUGAUUGGGAGAUUCCUGAUGGGCAGAUCACAGUGGGACAGAGAAUCGGAUCCGGGUCAUUUGGGACAGUCUACAAGGGAAAGUGGCAUGGUGAUGUGGCAGUGAAAAUGUUGAAUGUGACAGCGCCCACACCUCAGCAGUUACAGGCCUUCAAAAAUGAAGUAGGAGUACUCAGGAAAACUCGACAUGUGAACAUCCUACUUUUCAUGGGCUAUUCAACAAAGCCCCAACUAGCUAUUGUUACCCAGUGGUGUGAGGGCUCCAGCUUAUAUCACCAUCUCCACAUCAUCGAGACCAAAUUUGAGAUGAUCAAGCUUAUAGAUAUUGCACGGCAGACUGCGCAGGGCAUGGAUUACUUACACGCCAAGUCAAUCAUCCACAGAGACCUCAAGAGUAAUAAUAUUUUUCUUCAUGAAGACCUCACAGUAAAAAUAGGUGAUUUUGGUCUAGCCACAGUGAAAUCUCGAUGGAGUGGGUCCCAUCAGUUUGAACAGUUGUCUGGAUCCAUUUUGUGGAUGGCGCCAGAAGUGAUCCGAAUGCAAGAUAAAAACCCAUAUAGCUUUCAGUCAGAUGUCUAUGCAUUUGGGAUUGUUCUAUAUGAAUUGAUGACCGGACAGUUACCUUAUUCAAACAUCAACAACAGGGACCAGAUAAUUUUUAUGGUUGGACGAGGAUAUCUUUCUCCAGAUCUCAGUAAGGUACGGAGUAACUGUCCAAAAGCCAUGAAGAGAUUGAUGGCAGAGUGCCUAAAAAAGAAAAGAGAUGAGAGGCCACUCUUUCCCCAAAUUCUCGCCUCUAUUGAGCUGCUGGCCCGCUCAUUGCCAAAAAUUCACCGCAGUGCAUCAGAACCCUCCUUGAAUCGGGCUGGCUUCCAAACAGAGGAUUUUAGUCUAUAUGCUUGUGCUUCUCCAAAAACACCCAUCCAGGCAGGGGGAUAUGGAGAAUUUGCAGCCUUCAAGUAGCCACACCAUCAUGGCAACAUCUACUCUUAUUUCUUAAGUCUUGUGUUCGUACAAUUUGUUAACAUCAAAACACAGUUCUGUUCCUCAAAUCUUUUUUUAAAGAUACAGAAUUUUCAAUGCAUAAGCUGGUGUGGAACAGAAUGGAAUUUCCCAUCCACCAAAAGAGGGAAGAAUGUUUUAGGAACCAGAAUUCUCUGCUGCCAGUGUUUCUUCUUCAACACAAAUACCACGUGCAUACAAGUCUGCCCACUCCCAGGAAGGAAGAGGAGAGAGCCUGAGUUCUGACCUUUUGAUGGUCAGGCAUGAUGGAAAGAAACUGCUGCUACAGCUUGGGAGAUUGGCUGUGGAGAGCCUGCCAGUCAGCUCUGGCCUUCUAACCGCCACAUCAGUGUGCGGCUGGUCACCUGACGGGGCGGCUGCAAUCGCCAAGCAUCGUUCUCUUUCCUGUUCUGGGAUUUUGUCGCGGAGCUCUUUUCCCUAGUCACCACCGGUUCAUUUCUGAGGGAUGGAACAAAAAUGCAGCAUGGCCUUUCUGUGUGGUGCAUGUCCAGUCUUUGACCAAUUUCUAUCAAGUGAAGCUCUUUUAUUUAAAUGGAGAAUGAGGCAAGGAGGAGAUACGAUUUGGUGUAGAGGAAAAGGGAAUGCUGCAUCUUUUUCCUGACCUACUGGGUUUCUGGCCUUUGUUUCCUUGCUCACUGAGGGUGUCUGCCUAACCAAGCAGGCUGGAAAGUGCUGGCACACAUUGCCUUCCUUUCUCACUGGGUCCAGCAAUGAAGACAAGUGUUGGGGAUUUUUUUUUUCCUCCACAAUGUAGCAAGUUCUCAGGAAAAUACAGUUGAUAUCUUCCUCCUAAGCUCUUCCAGUCUUCAAGUACUUACGUGGCUACUUUGUCCAGGGCACAAAAUGCCAUGGCAGUAUCUGAUUCAGAGCCUACAAAACUGCUUGAUAACAGUUUUGAAUGUGUGAGACAUUUAUGUAAUUUAAAUGUAAGGUACAAGUCUUAAUUUCUGAGUUUUCUUCUAUUAUAUUUUUAUUAAAAAGAAAAUAAUUUUCAGAUUUAAUUGAAUUGGAAUAAAAGAAUACUUCCCACCAGAAUUAUAUAUCCUGGAAAAUUGUAUUUUUGUUAUAUAAACAACUUUUAAAGAAAGAUCGUUAUCCUUUUCUCUACCUAAAUAUGGGGAGUCUUAGCAUAAUGACAGAUAUUUAUAAUUUUUAAAUUAAUGGUACUUGCUGGAUCCACACUAACAUCUUUGCUAAUAUCUCAUGUUUUCCUCCAACUUCCUCUACACUACAUCCUCCAUCCUCUUUCCAGUCUUUUAUCUAGAAUAUGCAACCUAAAAUAAAAAUGGUGGUGUCUCCAUUCAUUCUCCUUCUUCCUUUUUUCCCAAGCCUGGUCUUCAAAAGGUUGGGUAAUUUGGCAGCUGAGUUCCCCAGGUAGAGAAUAGAGCAAUUUUAGGUGUAUUGGGACCGAGGGAUGGUGUGUGAAGCCUAAUGUCAGUUGUUUGUAUAGAGAGAGUUGCUGUGGUAUUAGAAACAUCAUUCUUUAUCUUUGCAUAAGUUGAAGAUAGAACCCAGUCGUAGCUUCCUUUGGCCUUUACUAAAGGGUGGCACAAAGUGACUCUGGACGUAUUAAUGACAAAUACCUCCCUUAUCAUGAGGCUUAGCAUCUCUUGCCAGGAUUUAGGAAUGUAAAUCAAAUCAAAUGUACUUAGCCCAACCAAGCUAUGUAGCCAAGACUAUAAAGAAAUUAGGGCCCAUAAAAUAAAUCAGGGAAUUAGAAGCUGUUAUUUAAAUAUUUCAAAUUGUAAUUGAUCCCACUGUCUGUCAGCCUCUUACGCUCCUUGCCAUUCCAUGCUUUUUGCUAAAAUAACUGUAUUCAGAGGAAGGCCUACUGAAAAUUCCAAAGCCCUGGGAAAGGUUGUCCUCGUAAAAUGGAAAAUACCCUGAAGUUAAUGAGUUUGAAAACCAGUGUGUUCUGAAGUCCCGUGUGAGCAGAGCAGCGUCUUACAAAAUUCAGAAAUUGCGAAGAUUCAUGCUGAUUGAAGAGCAUCUUGUGUGCUUAAUGCUGCUUCUCUUUUAAAAGCAUCAUUUUUCUUUUUAAAUACAUCCCCAGACAUGCUUUUCAACUGGCUUUUGUGUUCCCCUGGAGAUCGGAGAGAGCUCGGUCUGAGCGGGAGGCAGAUCCUGCAGGGUAGGCGGCGCCUGCCGUUGGGCUGGUAGCUUGGCUGCAGGACGACCUCUGGGGCCGCCUGGGGCGGGGUGGAGGGGGCAGGAGGCCGCACGGGUGCCAGUGAUGGAGGAGGCUUAGCGCCAGAAGGGCCACACACUGUCCCCUUCCGGCCUCUUUAGGUUGCUGUCUCACUUGAAAAGGGGGAACGGACUUGGUCUCAAAUGAAGCUGUGCCCAGUCAGAAGCCAGGCUCAGGGUCUUCUUGGGAGAUUUUUAUAGAGCCCUUAAAAAAUAAAAAAUAAAAAUCUUGUAUUUCUCAUCCCUUUUUUCCAUUAAAUAGUUUUUUCUCUAGUUUACAAUGACAUGAUCAAGCGGUUUCCUCUUACUUUUUGAUGCUUAGACUACAGAUAGACUUGAGCUCCUAGAAGGUACAAGGAAGAACUCCUUGUUUGUGCAAAGCACUUUAUGAAUAAUUUGUACAGAUAGUGUGCGGCUGCUUCACGGACAAUCCUGUAAGGUUGGAGUUCCCUGUCUUUUCCUUAAAGUGGCUGCAGUGCCUUCUAUAGUGUAUUUUCUUUUGGGUAAGAAGAGGUGAAGCCUUCUGAAAAAUUUGAGAGCAGACGUAAAAGAUUGUCUCAAAUUAUGUAGUAUUCCCAGUGGGCUUUUUUGUCAUCACACUAGAGUUUACGGUCUAGUACUUUUGCCACUGAAAUAACAUGGACCAAAAAGUAGUUUAUAAAAGAGAUUGUGAAUAGAAAAUCCAGUGUGCUCAUUUGUACUUCUAUGCACCUUAAAAGAAGAUUCUGUCUAGCUGUCAAAUUCUGGUUCCUGAACAUCCAGUCCCCGCUUGCACUUAACAAUCUUGGAGGAUAUACUGGGGCAGCCUAAAAGAUAAAAUGCCAUAUAACAUACAUGUUAUAUGUUAUAUGUAUGUUGGUAUUGGGACAGAAAGAGCAUUACACAGUUAUAAAGAGGCAAUCAGAACUUCAGCACUGUCCACCGGAAACUCUGUAAAUACUUCCCAGAUUCUCCUCCGGUGUGGUCCUAGCUCUCUCGGCACCUGGUGUUCUCUCUCAGCAGCCAGUGCAGAAGCUGCUGCCCCUGCUCCCAGGACCUCACCUACCCCUCCUGCGCACUCGCUCCCCAGCCUUGUGCCAACCCCAUCUGGCUUUAGUUGGAAGCACAUUGCAGGGUUCAGGUGACCUCUUCAAAAUACUACCUCCUCAGAAUGAGGUAAUGAAUAGUUAUUUAUUUUAAAAUAGGAAAAGUAAGGAGCACUAGGACAUGAAGAUGAUUUAAGAGGUUAACUUUGAUGUGUGCUUGCACUUGAGCCCUCUUAUUUUGUCUUAAAGGGCAUCAUGCAUUUCAGCAGCAGAACCGAAAGAGGUAGCUCAGAGUUUCGGAAUGUUGCUGCAGGUCGCGCCGGCAUCGGUUUCGGGGUUCAUUUCAGAAUCUUCACCUUAACGUCAGCAGCAUGAAAUUAAGUAGUUACGGUAACAGUUCACUAACCGUGAUAGAACUUUAGUCUUCAGUGGGCUUGGCAGGACCAUCUUCAUGAUGACUUAGUCGUAGCUCCAUCACGUGCACAGACACUCCUGUCGAGAGCCUGCCCAGCUAAAAGGGUAGAAUGGUUCCACGUGAUUCUCUUCUUUGUCCAAGUUGGCAUUGUUAGCGCUAGAAAAUCAGCACCUUGGGACCAGCGGAUUCCAACCAUUAGGCUAUUAAAAAAAAAAAAGUAACCUGACAUGGAAAGUUUACUGUGAGCGUAAACAGCACAUCGCUUACAGGUCCUACAUUGACAUGUUUAGGUGAGGCUCUAGAAGAAUACCUUGACAAUUUGCCAAAUGAUCUUUACUGUGCCUUCAAGAUGCAAUAAAAAAAAAAAAAAAAAGUUAAAUUUAA